UAUGCACCCGAGUUCAACAGGGUGUGGCAGUCCACUUCAGAAGCUCGCUUUACACAGAUUGUAAAGUUUACGCAAUAAGUUCUCGUAUAAAAAUAUUUUGAAAUUUUAUCAAAGUUCCUGAAAUGGCCGCGGCUAGACCAACUGCCCCACCCCCCAAUUUACUGGACGCCCUCGAGUGCACUAUUUGCCUUGACACACCCGUAUCCCCCAUCCACGAGUGUGACAAUGGCCACAUAGUUUGUGGAGUUUGUGCCGAGAGGAUGACAGAAUGUGGGAUGUGUAAAACGAAAUUGCAAAUAUCUAAAUUGGCGGAACGACUUUCACAACUUGACUUUAAGACCGCAUGUCCUAACGCCACGUCCGGAUGUGUGACCAAAGUUUCGGCGGCUGAAGUAAGGACUCACCUGGCGAAAUGCGGCUACAGGUACGUCAUAUGUGAGGAACAAGGGUGGCCACCAUGCGACAAAGUGCAAAUCCCAGUCGGAGAUUUCUUCAAUCACUUGCAAACCAUUCAUCAAAUUCAGUUGGAUGAAAUAAUUACUGGAAAAUGUUCCCAGUUUUCGGUGCAGACCAGUUUCGAGGCUUGGCGAGAGAGCAGAUACUAAAAUUGGUCAGGAAAAACGGUCAGAUAUUCUUAAUUCAUAGCCACAUUGACACACACCUCGCAACCUUCUUGAUGACUGUGCUUGGCGAUGAACCAGACGCUAAAAAGCAUUGGUUUCAAAUCAAGCUGGGCAACGAAACCAAAAAGCGAAAAAAAGGAAAAAGUUGCAGAAUGUGUAUCAACAAGUGCCAAGGUCCAUCCGAUUGUUUACGCAAAACCAUAUAAAGUUGAUGACUCACCAGCAAGCUCAAAUUCACUACUUGUGGAAGAUCGCGUUUGCUUCCGUCCAAGUGAUUCCAAGGAACAUCAAUAUACUGCUCAGCUGACAAUUAAACACGCGUCAACAAAUGGAGAAACCUUUAUUAUUUGCAUUUGGACCAGUGCUCCAAAGCGGUAUCGAGCAAGCCACAAAAUCUUUAUAGUGCAUACAAAUGAAACAACACAUGUUACUAUUGUGAUACCCCGUGGAGUCCCAGCUGACAGUAUGACGGGGGACACGUUUUCCAUAUGUUCCAUGGUAAUACCACAAAAUCUGUUGUACCACACAGAAGAAAUCUUGAGCAAGGAACGUAGCACCGUCACAAAAUUUUACGAUUUUGAAAGCCGAGACGAACGGACAAAAGCAUGGGAGUUCGAAAUCAUGGAAUUAAAGCAACCCCUAAUUCUAGUGUUACUCCUGACUUCCUCUUUUCUCAUUUUAUCCCUCUCUUUCUGGAUUUUCGACCUGAAUAACAACAUUCCAAUCGUGCUUCGAUGCGAUAUGAACGAUUUGGUGGAAAAAGAAACCGAGAAAAGUAACCAGACCGGGGAGAAUUUUGACUAUCCCGAAUUUUUUCGUGUAGACGGACGAAUCACGAAAUUCUUUAACCAGACCGGAAAUAAUGCGAAUUUUUCAAAUUUCAACGAACUCAUCCCGUAUCUCGUGUACAACGCGACAUUCUACAACGUUACCCCCACCAUUGCUAUAUUGUUUUACUACGAGUGUAUAAAUAACACGAAGGAAAAAAUUAUCUUCACAACAGAAAUGGAUGAAUUAUACCCGGAAUUUUACGCUACAAGAAGAAACAUCGUAGAAUCGAAAGGGGGCGAUGAAGUUAAAUAUUUUCGGGACGAGGAGAAACGAGACAUCUUCUAUUUUCGACUCCUCCUGCUCAAUUCCAGUGCUCAACUCGUAUUUGGGACACUUAUCGCAAUUACGUACCUCCUUCUGUGGGAGCGCCACUCCCUCCACGGCCACCUCCAGUUGUGCUACGUCCUUUCCGAAGCUGUCUACAGAACUGGGAAGCUUAUCUAUCUCGCCAUUUUUUUGAACGGAAUAAGAAGCACUCAGUUCUCUUACAACCGCAAGUAUUUGCAAAAUUGUGCAAAAUUUGAUACCUUUUCUGCGUACAAUUACAACGCAAAACUCCUCUGGCUAACCCUUUUGGUAUACGACUUGUGGAAAACGUUUGGCAAUGGGAUUGUUCUCCCGGGAAGUAGAAAAUCAAAAUUUGUCAAACAUUUUGCUUUCGCCAUUCUGUCGCCAGCAGUGUACACCUGUGCCGGAUUGAUAUUACAAACUACGGUAUGGGGUUACGAUUGCAGUAUGCUUCUCUAUCGACGGAACAAAAUGUCUAAAAUGAUGCAAAAGGAGGGCGAAUUUGCCCAAAGAAACGUAACCAGUAGGACAGACAGUAGCAGCAGUGUCAAUCUUAUAAGGCUAGGCGAGCCCGCAGUCUUUGUACCCACCACUCGAUCGAAGUACGCACGCGUUCCCGGGAAGAUUGACCCCAUAUCCUGACGACAGACUUUUUUAUGGAUUCCAAACUUGUGUGAAGUUUAGCACAUACAUCCAGCUAAAGUUUGAAAAAUGUAUCAUAGUUCAGCAGGAUUAGGUUCGACAACAGUGAAUUUUUUUCUUGAUCCGAAAUGGAGUCAGGAAUUGAGGAUUUUAACCACCGAAUUGCUAUCUUGGCCAUAUGAACAGGACCUGAGCCCGUGUUGAAUGUUACGUCACUAUUUUUGAAUAGGUAAUAGUUCAAUGGUUCCACAAUUCGCUCGAGAUUUCACCCCCUUGCAAGGGGGUGAAAAUUUGUGUCAAAAAUUAUUUAUAAUUAAAAAAUUAUUAAUUAUUACAAAAUUAUUUAUAACUAAAAAAAUCAUAAAAACAGGAUGAUGGGCCCCAUCAAAAUUUUUGAAAUUUUUAAGAAUAGCCUAGACUGGUGGGUUACAAAUGUGGUAUUCUUGCUAUUUUAUUUAGCCUCACCCAUAAAAGUGGGCUCAUUUUUUUUAAAUAUCGGUUUCCAUUUUUCAAGCGCGUACCGCGUGAUCAGCACCCGGGUUCUGAUGGGUCUGUUUUCACUUCGCGUGUAGCUCUCCAUUUAGGUUUGAGGAGAACAAGUAGUUCUCCUCAAAUCUUAAAGAUAUAAGUCUAAGGUUUACAUUAAGGGCCCGGGACUUACUUUUACUUAAUCCGUUCAUUUGUGAGGGAAAUUUUCUUAGGGGUCGGCAUGGAUUCGGGCGAAUCCAGUUUUUUCGCACCUUCGUCAAUUCUGGUGACCUUUUUAGCCGUUCACUUCUACUUCAUUUUCCGUAGUCGACACUGCCAGUGUCACUGCAUCAUUUUAUGAGCGCAACGUGCGAUUAGGUAGAACUCCGAACAAACGAAGCAGUACUAGCAAAAGACUUCGCCUUUACAUCGAGCUUCUCCUUGUACUGUUCGGAUUCCAGUUUUUCCUCCCUCUGAUCUACGAGGUGUUGAUUUUAUUUAAGACCUGGACAAAAUUUACGUUUCCAUUAUUCUCGACCAUGUCCCCAUCUGCCACAGCUUUUUCUUAUUUUUGGUCCUAAUUCGGUACGGACAGACGAAAGUUGGGCUGAAACAAGUUGUCGUCCUCGAAGAGGGAAAACUGUUAAAAAACGCGGAUUUACUAUUUGAGAGUGUGUCAAGUGGGAAAGUCGCGUUGGUUUUAAUCCAGCACGUAAAGUGCGGAUGGUACCUGGUCAAAAUUCGAAUUGUUCUCGCUUUUCUGAAAUUAACAAUUUUUUGUAGAAAAAUAACUUGUAAGGAGAAGGCUUGUUGAUUAUUUUCAAGUGUUUCUUCUAUAAUUACAUAAGAUUCGGAGUGGAUAAAAUGUACGAUGCGGUCAGAAA